AGGGUAGAAAUCUUGAAGGUAUAAGUGAGACAGGGUCCUCUUCGAACUUCACGGGGUAGUGAAUCGAAAAGGCGGGUAUGCAGAGAGGGACAGACUGAAGUAGGGCGAAGAGAAGAAGUUACCCUGUGCACGUACCUGGCUUGGAGUAUAUCACCUGCAUCUCUACACCUGAGCUCACGUCUCACCUCGAGGAACAGGAUGGCGUCCCUGGGCAGCCUCCUGUCUGAUGAGCAGUUCCAGUGCUCCAUCUGUCUGGACAUAUUCACUAACCCCUCAUCCACGCCCUGUGGACACACCUUCUGCAUGGGCUGCAUCAACCGCUACUGGGACGGAGCCAAGGUGUACGAGUGUCCUCUUUGUAAGAAGGCGUUCCAGAGGCGCCCCGAGCUCCAGGUCAACCGGACCCUGAGGGAGAUCACUGAGCAGUUCAAGUCCAUGUCCGUGCUGGGCUCGGGUGGGGCCGGGUACGGGGGGACCACGGUCAUGAGAGGGGGGAGGGGGGGCUGGGUCGUUGGAGACGAGGAUGGAGAAGAGGAAGGAGGAGCGGGGGGAGGAGAGGGACUCAUGCGUGAUGACCGGAAGAGGAGACCUAGAGCCUUGGGGAAGUUUGACUCUGACCCUCAAGACAUCGGAAUCCCUAUUCUGGUGUCCAUGUCCAGCUUGAACUCCCCGCUGGCAACAUCCAUGCCCACCGAGAUUCCCCUGCCCACCAUGUCCAAUAGCCACACCUCCUCCCAGCUGGCCCCGCCCGCCCCGUCCCGGGGCUCCGGUCGCAGGCGCUUCACCCUCAGUCUGGUGGGGGACACCCAGAGACUCCCAAUCUGCCAGACCCACGGCCGGGGGCUCACGGUGUACUGCAAGAGCGACGGAGGGGUCGUCUGCCCGGAGUGUCACACCCCUGGGGCUGAGCACCAUGGCCACGACACCGUCUCCUUGGAAACGGAAUGGAUGGAUACCAAGGCGAGGAUGGAUAUGUUACAGCAGCAGCUUCAGGCUAUGAUCACACAUAGAAUAAGGAAGAUGGAACAGAUAAAGACGUCAGUGACUGAACUGCAGAUGGCGAUGGAGCGAGAGACGGCGGGCAGUUUGUCUAUGUUCUCGGCGCUGGCGUCUGCGUUGGAGCAGGCGCAGGCAGAGGUGAUGGAGGCGAUGGAGGUCCAGCGGAGGGCGACUGAGCAUCAUGCAGAGAACAUGCUGCGUCAGCUGGAGCUGGAGGUGUCCGCCCUGAAGAGCAGGGAGCAAGACCUGUCCCAGCUCAGCCAAUCAGACGACCACGUACACUGCAUCCAGAGUUUUCCCGCCCUCUCCUGCCCUCCACCAACCAGAGAUUGGUUUGCGGUGUCCCUAAACUCUGACCAUGGAACGGGAGCCAUCUAUAAGAGGCUGGCCGCUCUUUUGGGGAAGUUCCAGGAGCAACUGAAUCAUUUUGCAGAUACCGGUAUUCAUCGAUCUGUGGUGGAACCCGGUCCUGUUCGAUCCCAGCCCAAGGUGAAGAGAGUACAGGAGUAUGCAGUGAACGUGACUCUGGACUCAAGCACCGCCCAUCCCAGGCUCGUCCUAUCAGACAACUUGAAGAAGGUGAAAUGUGGGGACCGCCUGCAGCCACUACCCGAUGGACCAGCGAGGUUUGACCGAGUGGUGUGUGUUCUGGGACGUGAGACCUUCUCCUCUGGAAGACACUACUGGGAGGUGUGUGUGGAAGUGGCCGGGAAGUCGGACUGGGAUCUGGGCGUGGCCAGUGAGUCUUGCAACAGGAAGGGGAAGAUUGAGGUCAACCCUAGCAACGGCUACUGGUUCCUCAGCUUAAGGGACAAGAAAAAGUGUACCUUCCGUAACGAGCCGUGCACAGACGUCCAGCUCACCCACACGCCCCACAAGAUCGGCAUCUUUCUGGACUACGAAAAGGGACAGGUCUCCUUCUACAACGUCAGCGCCAAGAUCCACAUCUACACCUUCACAGACAACUUCAAGGAGAAUCUCCACCCCUUCUUCAGCCCCUGCACCAACCGCUCCGGAAAGAACAACGAGCCGCUGGUCAUCACCGCGCUGCCAGCCUGCUCGCACACCAAAAUGUAGCAUUGGCUACGUUGGUCCACAGCGGGAGACGCAGUACUUUCACAAUAACGGUCAAAGAAUUGUGAGAUUUUUACUUAUUUUUUGGCCUAUUCCUUUCUAACACGCGACUUUCGGUCUGCAAAAAACUGACAUAUUCUCAGUGGAAAAUGCAAUAUUUUGAUAUAGAUUCAACGUUGAAAUUGUUUUUAUUGCUGCUAUGGACGCUGCUAUUGCUCAAAACAAAACAUGGCUGACAAUAAUUUGAUUAUCAGUGGAAAAUGUAAUGCUAGGAUUGUUUCGGCAUUAAAUUGUGUUCUGAUAAUGGUUGUAUGAUGUUUAGUUAAACAGUUUGUUGCGUUUUUCAUGCAUAUUUGGGGUUUUGAGGGACUAGAAUCGGGGUAGGCUGUAUUCUGUUUAAUUCUGUAUAUGUUCUUGUUUAUGACCUAUGGCCAUUAUUUAAUUUUUUGUAACAUACAUGCAUUUAUCCUGUAUUUAAUACAUGACAGUUGUAAAUAUAUGAACACCAUAUUCUGAAAAAGAAACGAAAAUAUUGAUUCUUGGAUUGGUGAUAAGAAUGGGACGCUGUGAUAAGGUAUGCCUACUACAUGUAUUUUUUGUUACGUUUAUUUGUUUAUAGUUUCGUGGACAGUCCCCCUUGAUUUGUAAAUAUCUUUGUGCAUUUGUUGUAAAUACAGAAAUAUAAUGCCAGGCAAUGUUUCAAUAUUGAUAAUAAAACGACCAUAAUAAAAUAACACUUAUCCACA